GUUUGGUUAUCCCACUUUUGUGUAUAUUUGCUAGACAAGGCUAAUUUGACAAAAUUGAAACUAAAGGAGUUCCAUUCUUUUCAAAUGUACAAAAAUUUGCAGCUGUGAAAGAAAGAUUUCAGAAAUUGAAUGUCCUUAACAAUGGUAAUAACAUCUGAAACAGGAAAGAUUUUUCCUUGUAACCAAGCAACCACGUUUUUUUCAUCGAACUGGACUUCAAUUCUUAUGAAAUCUCUCCAUUGUAGUUCAGCUAUUACUAAUAUGUCCAUUUCCAACUCUGCAACCAAAGCACUCUGUACAUUUUUCUGGUAGAUUGACUUAGCCAACAACAGUUUUCUUUCCCCGUCCUUGAUACUAAAGCCCAUUCCCGCUAAGUUGUCCCCUAAUUUCACCACUGAACUCACAUUUGUUCGAAUGAUUCCAUCCCCCGGGGCCUGACCGUCCCUGAAUUACAUGCACAUCUCUGUUCUGAUUUACACUCACCUGAGAUCUAGGCUGAGCUUCUUUAAAUUCACACCACUCCUUCAUUGUUGUUUGCACCACAUCCACUGCUUCGAUCUUUAGUCCUUCAAAAUACCAUGCAUUUCAGGAUUUCCACAGUUACCAAGAAUGUUCACAAUGAUCUCCACUGUCCUGUAUUCUGUCACCUUUCUCAAUCAUUAUCAACUCUGUCUACCAUCCAGCAAAGCUGUCCAUCCUAUUACUUAGCCCAUCCUAGCCAACUGGUGCAAUUUUUCAUACUGUUUUUGCAAAGUCACAGGCAAACAGUAUAUGCUCUAAAGUUUCUUCCCCUAUUAUACACCUUCGACACAUCUUCUCCACCCCUAAACCACUUUUAUUUAAGUUUACACUAACUGACACCCAACCUUUUAUACAGUUUCCAGAUAAAAUGGUGCAGUUUAGCUUUGACAGCAAGCUGCCAGAUUCUCGACCAAACUUUUUUUGCCACUUCUCUUCCAUUACUAGAUUCUCCACACCUACUACCCUCCAUUUUUCUUCUUUUCUAUGCAUUUAAAGGCAGAAGAAACAGAAAAUCUCCCAUUCACCUCCCCACCCCACACCAAAGUAUCCUGCCCCCCAUAAGUACUUACAAGGCAUUUGACAUACCUUGCUCACUUUUUCAGGUACAAGAAUUUGCUUCAGAAUGUCCUUCUUCCAUUCUCUGGUUGAGUGGUUAAUGAGCUGGUUCGCCUUUAUUAGAUUUCUAUCAGCUCCUCCUCUGUUAUGCACUUCCACCACACACCCCUCAGGAAGCCAGUUAUCAUUCCAUAUAUUCGCUUCACUUCUAUUUCCGAGCUUCCAUUUAACUUCUCUCAGCACACCUUUACUCGCCCCUAACCAGCCUUUCCACAACCAAGAAUUAGAACCCUUCUAUUUGACUUGACCUAGAGAGCAAUUUGAAAAAUAUUUUCUUUCAUCACUUUCGCCAUAAAUGAAUUCGGUUCAAUUUUUGGCCAACAUCGCCUCAUUUAUAGAUUUAAGGUUUCUAAAUCCCAGUCCCCCUAACUCCUUUUCCUUUGCAAUCUUAUCCCAUCACCCCCAAUGUAUCUUCCUCUUCCCCUCUUUAUCCCCCACCAAAAAUCAACCAUACUUCUCUCAAUCUUUUGACAAACAUUGUCAGUCAACUUAUAGUAAGACAUAGCAUAAAGAGGGAGAGCUUGUACCCCUAAUUUUAACAGAAUUUCUUUCCCCGCCAUUGAUAGGAAUUUGUUCUUCCAGCUUUUGAGUCGUUUGUCAACAGCUUUCGUCACGUACUUGAACACCUCCGCCUUUGAUCGUCCAAUCACCAAUGAUCGUCCAAUUACUUUCGAACUUGAGAUUAUUGUCCAAAUUGAAUUUUUAGUUUUAAUAUAAAAUAAAGUAAAAGUGAAAAAUCAUAAAUGAAAAAUAAUUUUAUGACAGAAGAAAUACAAUAAAAGAUUUGAUAUUUAUUCUAUAUCGUCAUAUUCAUAUGCAUAAAUUAAAUUAAAUUUUCACUACUAGAUAGUAUUACUUAUCAAAAACUGUUAUUCGAGAAAAAAAAAAACAAUAAAAGAGUAUUACAAGACAAUGCACAACCGUGGUAAACAACACAUCUAACAUAUGGAUGGAUGAUGGAACAAGGUAACAGACUAACAUCCAUGAUUCCAAAACCAUGAUUGUUGAUACCAAAUAGUGGUUUAGUUUAAGUGUUUGCUACGUAGUAUUUUCGUGUGAUGGAUAAGAAUCAAUUAGAGAAUAAUAAAAAAUAUAAAUCCACGCUGACCCCCAAAAAAGAAAAUAAAAAAACGAAUCGCUAGAAAAUAUGGAGCGAUAAUGUUGGACCAUUUAAUUGUUUAUGGGGCUUUGAAGCUCACAUCAUUCCCAUUUUCAGUUGGGCCUUAUAACGAACUGUCCUUUUACAUUCCCAAUCUAUAUCUAUUCGUCUUCUUAAAAAUACAGGAUACAGACCAAACUUAAAAAAAUAGAAGAACCCUCCAAAUUCUCCGCUGCUUUGGCAAAGUUCAAAUUUCAAACAAUCAAUCGUGGGCGACAGCGGCUGCCAACUCCGUUCAAGGAUCUGCUUCCGCCACCACCGUCCCCAUUUCAUCUUUACUUUGGAUCUUCUUCCCCCUUUUUGAACCCAAGUCCAUUACAACCCAAGUCUUAAACAUGUCGGCCUCCCAAUCGCCUUUCCCAAAAGAAGAAGCUGAGGUUAUCGAUUUGUGCGGUUCAACUCCUCCUCCGCGUCUUCGCCUCCGGAAGUUACCCGAAGUGAUUGACAACGGUAGUACUCCUAUUAGACCCGUAUUUUGCGUGAAAAGUAAAGAGGCCAUGAAGGAGAUUGAAAACAAGGAGGAUUGUUUUAUCUUGGAUUUUGACCCUGAUGAUUAUGAGCCCUCCUCCAUCGGCCCUAAGAUUCCAGAUGCUGCUGCUACUGCUAACGCCUCCCCCGAUAUCACUGUUGUAGCAGAGAAAGGCCAGGUUAACAUAAUUGUAUCUUUCUUUGUUUUCUUUACCCGAAUUGUGCUUGAAGUGGUACGUUUGUAGCUUGGCUGAAUUAAUUGAUUUGAAUCGAAGAAGGAAAAUUGGGUUUCUUGUGGUAAUCGCUCGCUGAAUUUCGACUUAUUUGCACUUAUGAUACAUUUUCUCUAUUUUAUAUUCAUGCGAAGUUAAAGGUUUUGUAUUCCCAAAGCGAUUGUUUUCUAGAUUAAAUGUUUAGGCAACUUUAGAAUUCCUGGAGUCUUUUUGAAUUCCAGGACCAAUUUUGUAUCUUGUAAUUGUAAAACCAUACCCUUUUAAGUUGUUUAAGCCCCGUGUUGAUUGAAUUGAAUAGUAGGGUUAUGAAUUGUUGAGCCUGUUGUUUUGUCUUCUUAUACGUACCAGGUAGCAUGUAGAGACUAUCCACAUUCAAGACAUUUGUGCAUCAAAUUUCCAUUUGCGCAAUCAUCCCAUGAGAGCUACUGUAAACGGGUAAAAUAUUGUUUUUUUUUUUUGCCUUUUUCUUCUAGGAUUAGUUUUAUUUAUUUUGGAGGGUGUGAAAAUUAUGAAUUGCCAUUCCAUACGUUGAAACUGUCCAUUCUUGGCCAAGGGACAUGUGAAGUUGGAUUUGUGAAAAGAUUGACAAACUAGUAUAAAUGUGUAUAUUUGGUGUAAAUUUAUGCUUAUCAUGUUCAGUUUUAUCAUUGAUUGAUGAUUCGACACUCAAGGGGUUAGGUUGAAUGUUGACUGCUAUUUUACUGGUCGUUUCCUCAAAUUUGGAGAAGCAUUCAUUUGUUUAAUCAGCUUUAAGCGAGAGUCGAUGUAAUCAACCCUUCUUUAAAUGCCUCAUGCAUCGUUCACAUUGUUGUUCUUCCUAUUUAAUGUGUCUGAUGGAGGCUCCCGGCUGCAGUGCUUCUGUUUUGUCUGUGAUCAAGCUGCUCCCUGCAAAAAGUGGACUGGAGAUUCAGGACAUUGUCAUGCUAUAGAUAAUGAAGCUUGGAAGUUGGAGAGGAAGAGGUUGCUUAAAAAAAUGUCUGCAUAGUGCUUGGUAUCUCUGCUCUUGAUUUCUUCUCUUGGAUGGUUCUUUUGUGGCAUUGUUUCUGGGAAUGUCAUCAUUCAUGGCCGAGGUAGUUGUGCAUAGAUUUCCCCUUCUGUUUGCUAGCGUGAAAGGUGAAUUAUGCUUCAACUUCUUUUGUAGAAAAAGUUGUCGAUGAAACAGUUAGCAUUGAAACUAAACAAUUGGAAUCAAGGUCAAGUGGCUUGUAAAUAUUAAGGUUUACCAGAUUCACAACGCAUCAAAAUUUUUGCAUGUGAAUAUUUGGAGCUUUAUGUUGCCUACUGAUACUAUCACAUCUACAUGUGAAAAUCUGUGGAUCUAUGUGGUUCCUGACUUCUAACGGCGUAGGUGUAGCAUUGAUGUUAAGUUUAUAAUUCUAGAAUGUGCAAGCUUUUCUUGUUGGUUAUCUAGUAAACUAGUAUGUCUUCAACUCUCAUAUACUAGGAGGCAUAUGGCCGCGCACCUGAGGGCAUCGAUAGCCCAGAAAUGGAUGUUAUUUUAUCAUGCUUUCAUGUUUUUUUCCAAGAUUGUGAAGUUAUAAUUGCAGUAUUCUCAUCAAGAAAGCAGCUUGAGUGAUGUAUAAAAAUUGAAAUCAGUCCAAAUAAAAGUAUGGGGGAACAAUGCAAAAGAUAUCAUAUCUGUUCAAGUUAUAUAAGCACGGAUCAUGGUGGAUUGGUGGGUCUAAAGCAGCCCUAUCAGAAACUUGUUACUAUGAAAUUGUCCAACAUUUCUGUUAACUGUUAGGGGACAGCAGAUGAGUAUCAGCGAGGCGAGGUUGAAGAAUGUUACGGGAACUGAAUUGUCCAACUCUUGUGUUGGUGUGAUGAUGAUUGAAAUGAUACGUUUGAACCUGAGACCAACUGACAUACAAAUUGGGUAAUCCCCAAAUCAAAAUGUUCGACUUGCGUUCAAAACAGUCCAAGUUACAGAAAAAGUAUGAUUGGGAUUAACAAAACAAGAAGAUGCCACUUAUUAUAUAACAAGAUUGAACGGCUAACAGUCAAACACCAUCAAGGAAGUAGAAGCUCAACGAUAUUUUGGAGCUGCCGGUAUAAAAUAUUGAAAAUGAGAAGAAAAGUAGAAUUUGCAAAUAUUUGAAGUGAACAACAACAUUGUCAAGCGGCCUAAAUAUAAACGUACAGAACCCAAAAAGACAGCUCCAGAAGGCCCAAAAGGCCGCUUGAAUUUGGGCUGAAAAAAAUGAUGGUAGUUCUGUUCAUGUAGUCCAGCCCACAGGAUGUAAACCCUAGCUUAAAAAAUGGAAUUGCCCCCCGGGGUAAAAUAAUGUCAUCUCCUUCAUUGCUGCUUAUCCACUGAACGUCUGUCUACCUUUUUCCGCCAUUCACAAGCACAAGUCCCGUAGAACAAUCAUCAUGCCUGGCCCCGUCGUCGAAGAAGUUGAGCUCGAGAAAAAGCUUGAGAUUGAGGAACCAGUAGUGGAGGAUGUGAAAGAGGAAGAUGACCGCGAGGACGAUGACGAUUCUGACGACGACGAGGAUGACGACAAGGACGACGGUGCACAAGGCACUAACGAGGGUUCAAAACAGAGCAGAAGUGAGAAGAAGAGCCGCAAGGCAAUGCUGAAGUUGGGGAUGAAACCCGUGACUGGUGUGAGCAGGGUCACCAUUAAAAGAACCAAAAAUAUACUCUUCUUCAUCUCAAAGCCUGAUGUUUUCAAAAGCCCAAAUUCAGAGACCUAUGUCAUCUUUGGAGAAGCUAAAAUCGAGGACUUAAGCUCUCAGCUGCAGACACAAGCUGCCCAGCAGUUCAGGAUGCCGGAUAUGGGUUCUGUGAUGGCAAAGCCUGGAGAAGUUUCUGGUUCGGCUGCUGCUGCUCAAGCAGAUGAGGAAGAUGAAGAGGUCGAUGAGACAGGUGUUGAGGUUCGUGAUAUUGACUUGGUGAUGACACAGGCUGGUGUGUCGAGGAGCAAGGCUGUUAAGGCUCUCAAGGCCCACGAUGGAGAUAUUGUCAGUGCUAUCAUGGAGUUAACCACUUAAGUAGUAGUUGUUACAGUCUUUCGACAUUUUUGAUUGGUAAUGCAUCAUUUUAUUCCCGAGUUUCUGGAAUGAUUGUACUCUGCCUCUGGAAUUCUACAACAUAAGACAGAUGUUAUCAGUGCCAUUUUUGUGCAUUUUAAAUUUUUUUUUGCCGGGUUUGAUUAUUUCGUCUAGAGAGGCUCUUUUACGUGUUGCAGUUCAUGCUGCCUUUUUUCGUCCCUCUAUACUUGAUAGCUGGGAAACCGAUAUGAUGCUCUAACCAAAGCUACUGACUACGGUAACAUCCUAUUGGUUCCUUGUGCCGUUAACCACCUGAAAGUAGUUUUGGUUUUUCAUUAUUCUUGACUUGUAAAUUCUAAAUGCUGAACAAAAAGGGGAAACCAUGUUCUGAUAAUGUGCAAAGCAGCAACGGCUACAAUUUAAAAUUGGAGAGGAGGAACAGCAUUCAUUAAUUCAGUACUGAAUACAUAAUCCACGACUGACAACUGAAACAACUUAUCAUCUUGUUAAUUGAUUACUCUGCAGUUGGCUCGAAUUUCUCCUACUUCUCCAGUUAAGACCCCAAUUUGACCCAUUCUUACCAUUGCAUCAGCAAACUUACUUCUCCAAACAAAAGGGCUCUGAGAAUUCGCAAUCACUUCAUUUGCUGUCGCAGAAUUUGUCAACAGAGUUUGGUCUGAAGUGAACAAGCCUCUGCUGGCAAGAAUGUUGUUGUAGUAGCUUGUGUCCAUGAUUGUGGGGGUGAAAGGGUCCAUCGGCACCACUGAGUUCGGAUUUGUACUUCCUGGUGGACACUGCCGGCUCAGCUGCAAUGCGUAAACUGGAUCUAAACUCGGGUCUUGGUUCGUUGUUGUGUUGAAAUUGAAAAGCCUGUUGCUGAAUGACGUACAAUGGGAACGCCCGAUGGUGUGUGCCCCUACCCCCCAAGGUAACUUACAAUAUUAAUCAUUCUUUUUGUACUUAUCAUAUGACUGGUAAGUAAAUAAGAUGUAUUAUCGCUCCCUGGAUAUGAAUCAUGCUUACCUGACAGCGUUACCAUCUCGUCCUGUCUUAGUCCCUUGUUGGCGAAUGCCUGUCUGAGCUGACUGACGCUGAACGAUGGACCUGGCAAGUUUGCUGAUGCCUCAGUGGCCAGUGAAAUUCUGCCGUCUUUCCUACCUGCAGGUACGUCGUAGCCAAAGCCUCCUGUCUGUUGUGUGAAAAACACAAAUCUAGUUCAGUGUUCCGCUCCCGAGAAAGCUCUUUAAAGCAUCGUCUAUCUACAUGAUUGUAAGAUGAGAUACUGUGAAAAUGUGUCGAGGAAUUCGACUAGCUCUUACCAAUUCAACGCUGUCCCUGGCUG